UACUCUUCAUCACCCAAAACGCAGAACCGCUCUCCCUCCACCUCCAUCCGAAAUCGCUUCAGCUCUCCUCCCUUAAGUCCUCUGGUUUAGGUUUCAGUUCUGGUCUCAAUAGGUAAGUGCUGCUCUGUAAAACCAAAAUGCAUAACCGCACUCCCUCCACCUCCAUCCGAAAUCGCUUAAGCUCUCCUCCCUCAAGUCCUCUGGGUUAGGUUUCAGUUCUGGUCUCAAUAGGUAAGUGCUGCUCUGUAACACCAAAACGCAUAACCGCUCUCCCUCCACCUCCAUCCGAAAUCGCUUCAGCUCUCCUCCCUCAAGUCCUCUGGUUUAGGUUUCAGUUCUGGUCUCAAUAGGAUUCAAAAUGGAUAAGGAAUGGAUGAAAUGUACUAAUAGAUUGAGUAAAGAGUAUAUGGAAGGAGUUAAUUACUUUCUUGAAUUUGCUUUCACGAACUCAAAACUAGAAGGAAAAACAAAGGAUGGAUUGAACGCUCGUCGUGACUUGAAAGAGAUGGGUAUAAGAAAAGAAUUGCAUCCAAUUAUGAAAGAUGGUAAAUGGGUUUAUCCAGCUGCAUGUUACACUUUAUCUAAAGUUGAAAAGCAGAAAGUACUCAAGUUCUUGAAAUCUUUGAAACUUCCUGAUGGUUAUUCAUCUAAUAUAGCCCGGUGUGUAAAUUUGAAAGAUGGUAAAGUUUUUGGAUUUAAAAGUCAUGACUGUCAUAUUUUAUUAGAGCAACUUCUUCCUUUGGCGAUUCGUGGAAUUGUUCCUAGUAAUGUCUAUGAUGCUAUUACAGAGUUUAGCAUAUUCUUUAGAGAGUUAUGUUCAAAAGUUUUGAGAAAAGAAGUGUUGGAGCGCCUUGAGAAUGACAUUCCGGUAAUUUUAUGCAAGUUGGAGAAAAUAUUUAACCCAGCAUUUUUUGAUGUUAUCUUACAUUUAGCAAUUCAUUUACCAGCAAAAGCUAAGUUAGGUGGACCCGUACAAUAUCGAUGGAUGUAUCCGAUUGAGAGGUUCUUGCGUGUCUUGAAAUGUUAUGUGCGUAACAAGAGUCAACCUGAAGGUUCUAUUACUUAAGGUUAUAUUGUUGAGGAAAGCUUAAUGUUUUGCUCGAGAUACUUGCAUAAUGUCGAUAGUAAAUUCUCUCGUUGUAAAAGGAAUUCUGAAGGCAAUCAAGAUGAACCAUACAAUGGAUUGUCUGUGUUUGCACCAAGUGGAUAUCUUUUAUCAAAGGAUAAAGCUGCAUAUCUUAGUGACAAAGAGCGAAAGCAAGCUCAUCUUUUUGUGUUAAAAAAUUGUGAAGAAGUGCAACCAUUUUUACAUGAAUAUGAACAAGGAAGGCAUGAUAUGGAGUUCAAUGAUUGGUUUUAUCAUAAGAUUGGAGGAUUGCAAAAUGAACAAAAUGACAAUAUCAAACAGUUGCUAUCUUUGGCUCGGGGUCCUUUGAAUGGAGUUCAACAAUUUUCAGGAUACAUAAUAAAUGGGUUUAGGUUUCAUACUAAGCAACUUGAGGAAAAACGAGUCAAACAAAAUAGUGGUGUUGUGGUAAAAGGGAAUUUUGGGGACAAACGUCUUGGCUAUUUUGGAGUUUUAACAAAUAUUUUAGAACUUCAAUAUUUGGAGGGAAAAAGAGUCAUUUUAUUUAAAUGUGAUUGGUGGGAUGUGUUUAACAUUGGAAAAGGUGUAAAAAUAGACAAGCAUGGAUUCAUUACUGUCAAUACUGCUAGAAAAUUGACAAGGGAUGAGCCAUUUGUACUUUCAUCUCAAGCAGAGCAAGUCUUUUAUGUCAAAGAUGGUUUGCAAUCUAAUUGGUUGGUUGUUUUGAAAGGGCAUUCAGAUCAUUUCUCUAAUAUGUCUUUUAAUGAUGAAAGUAAUGGAGAGUUGUUUGGUAUUGAAGAAGCAUUUCAGCAAAAUGCUUCAGAAAUUUAUGAUGAUUAUUCUGUUAUCAUUGUGGAUGAUGAAAACUUGACAAAUUGGCAAAGAAAUGACAUUGAAGCUAUUAAUACAAAUGUUCUUGUUGCUGAUGAUAUAGUAGAAGACUUAGACUCAGAAUCUGAAACAGAUGAUGAAGACCUACUAUUAUAAAUGAUAGGUAAGAGUGUAAACAUUUGUUGCAUUUUCUUUAAUUUUGCUCUUUGAUUAAACAAUUGUCAUUUUUGUGGAUUUCUUAAUUGAUUCAGAGAUUGAUAUUAGUUGAUUUUAAAACAAGCUUUAGUAGAUGUUAAUACAAUAUUAUAAAUUUAUUUUGCUUUGUGCAGGUUGUUUCAAUUCAGAUAAUUUACAAUAAGAUAAUUGGUCAACUUGAAGGUUGUGGGUUUGUGGAAUUUGUUUCACGUGUAGCUGCAAAAAGGAUUUCAAAGAAAUGCAAUAGGACACAAAUGACUGGAACUCAACAAACUUUUAGAUUGAAUUGGUUUUCUGUUGGCAUUGGAGAAAUGCCAAAAAAUUAUACUAAUUAUUUUUAAUGAAAUAUUCAUGAUGUUUGAAUUUUUUU